GCCGCCUCGCUGCUCAGAGCACGGCUGAGCCUCCCCCUGCGGGAUCCCACCUGCAACAGAGCCUCGGAGGAGGAGGAGGAGGAGCCAGGGAGAUGAAGGCGCUGAGGGCCUGGCUCCUGUGCCUGCUGCUGCUGAGCCUUGCCCUGCGGGGGGCUGCAAGCCGAGCCCACCAGCACUCCAUGGAGAUCCGCACCCCUGACAUCAACCCCGCCUGGUACACCAGCCGCGGGAUCAGGCCCGUGGGCCGCUUCGGCAGGAGGAGGGCUGCCCUGGGGGCCAUCGCCAAGGCCGGCCGGCGACACCAGCCAGUGCACUUCCCCGGGGAGGGCAGCCCUGAGUCCUCCCAGCACCGCUGACCGCCCGGCUCAGGACGCCAACUCCGGGCGCCUUCCCCGCCCCGCCCCGCCCUCUCCUGCACAUUCCCCUUCAGCCCUA